CACAAUAUUGUUUACAUUUACUGCGGAAAACGACUGAUUUUAAUCAUUUUACAUUCAAAUAAUUGAUGUUUUAUUAAAGAUGUUACUUUAUUAGGUUCAGUAUUUACUUUAAAUCAUUUAUUCAUGAUAAUAAUCACUAAUAAUAGCGAGUUAAAGGCUGAAGCAGGUGAAGUGAAUGUGAGGUACGCAGAAGUAUGACGGCGGUGGAGCUUGGACCCCUAUGAUCACUACUACCAGUUCUACCCCAUCAAACCAUUCCAGUAGGUGUGGUUGGUGAGGUUGGUCCUCCAUUGGGCGACGAUGGAGGGCGUGGCGAGUUUGGAGAAGCUGUGUGUGCUCCACCACAGUCCUGAUUUCCUGGUCCUGAAUAAACACUGGGACAUUCGCAUCGACAGCAAACUGUGGAGCGAAACACACACCGUCCAGAACCAGCUGAAGCACCAUUUCCCUCACCUCGCUGAUCCUCACACACACUACGGCUUCAGGUUCUGUCAUCAGUUGGAUUACUCCACCAGUGGUGCUCUGUGUGUGGCGCUGAAUAAAGCCGCGGCGGGCAGAGCGUACCGCUGUUUCAGGGACAGACGGGUCACCAAGGCGUACCUCGCUCUGGUACGCGGUACGGUGACGGAGAGCAGGAUGAUGGUGGACGUGUCAAUCGGUAAAAACACAACUGAGGGUAAAACACACAUGAUGUGUGCAGAAGGAACCGAAGGAUGUGAGAACCCGAAGCCCAGUCAGACUUUAUUAUCAGUGUUAGAAUACGGAUCGUACGAUGGAGAAGCAGCUACUAAAGUUCUUCUGCAGCCUCUCACAGGCCGCACCCAUCAGCUGCGAGUGCACUGCGGCUCUGUCGGUCACCCCAUCGUGGGCGACGUCACCUACAGCCUGGGCGCAGACGCCACCCCGUACCGCAUGAUGCUCCACGCCCACUUCCUCCGAAUCCCCCUGGAGACGGAGCCCAUCCAGGUCGCCACCUCGGACAACUUCCUGCCCGCGCUCGACCCCAAAUGGUGCCCGGAGAGACGGGUGGAGACGGCGGAGCGUUUGAUCGAGGGGAUGCUGAGCAGGGCGAGGGAGGAGGAGGUCCGGAGAGAGGAGGAGGAGGAGAGAGUGAAGAGGGAGAGGGAGGAGAGGAGGACGAGGAGGGUGGAGGAGAGCGAGGAAGAGCGGGCACAGUGCCAGCAGUGGCUCUCUGAAUGGAGCCUCGAGUAAAUACAGUCCACAGCACAAGUUUCACACCCUGGUUAUACUGCCAAAAGUAUUGGGACACCUGUGAGCUUGUCUGAAUUACUGUACAGGUGUCUUCUACUGCCCUCUAGUGGGACUAAACCACAUUACAGUCGUGAAAGUGGUAAAUUUACACCAACCAAUAUAUCGACCCAGUCCUAGUUAUAAAUUCAGGGUGCAUUUCAACCUGCUUCACCUUAAACUCAACACUUUCCUCUGUGCGCUGACACUCCGUCAGUGUUUUCAGAAGGUCGUGUGAUCCUGGUGUUUGUGGCCCCUCAGCUCUUGGGGCCCCGAGGUGAAAAAAAUGACAGAGAGAAGCUCGAGUGACGAGACGUUUUUAAUCAGCAGUGAAACAAUAAACACUUUAUAUUACACUGAA